GUUAUUAAAUUUUUGAUUUUUAUGAUAAUGAACUUCGAUGAUUCAGAGUUCAACAAUAAAGUAAAUAAAAUCUCAUCAAAACAAGUUUCUAUUGGGCGGUGAGCGCGUUUAAACUUAAAAAAGUUUUUUGAAAGAAAAAUGAAAAACAACACAACUGAAAUAGCGGUUGCCAGCUGUGCAACCACUUUGCUUUCUUCUCCUUCUUCUUUUUUUCUUUCACUUUCACUCCCAUUUCGUUAAUCUUUCUUUCUUAGGGUUUCAAAUUUCCACUUUCUUCCUUUCUCUCAACCAUAAUCACUCAACCAAACAACGAAAUCAUCAUCGCAAUUCUUCCAUUCUCCAAUUGUAAUACAGACCAACACUAUCUUUUCGGGUUUUUUGCAUGUAGAAUUUAAUAUUAGUGUCAGUAGAAUUUGUGGGUUGAAGGUGGAAUUCAUCAAAUGCCAAGUUUUUUAGGUAAACCAGUGGACUUCUGAAUGAAACUGUGACUUGUUAUGGAAGUGUAUACUUGAGCGUGCGUGUAAAUACUUAAUUGGUUACUAAAGUAGGUUGAUUUUGAAGCAUUUGGGGGUUGGGUUUAUUGUGGUAUUCAGAAAAAAUAGCUAAAACGGGGUCUCUUUGUUGUGUGGCUUCAAGGCCACAUGGGUCAAGUGCAGACAGUAGGGAAUGGUCAUUGGGUCCGCAUGAGCCAUACUGGCGUACUAACACAAGCUAUUCACCACCUCCGUCGAGGUGGGAUUUCAGAUUCCAGUCUGAAGGGCUACCUUAUGGUUUGAAUGAUGGCAGUCAACUCUAUGAUGGGUCUUCUACAUCAUCUAAUGGUAAAGAGAGUAGUAGGACCUGGGUCAGAGGCAACCACCUAUAUGAUCUUCACUAUUCUGUUUCAGAUGGCACUGGGAUUUUCUUUGGUAGUCCAUGUUCAUCUGACCUUUCUCAUGGUCCUCAGUGGAUGCCUCCAGCAAUACAAGAAAUAAGUUUUGAUGAUUAUAAGGCUGUGACCAGGAAAGAUUCUCAUCCUUCUUUAGGCCGGAUAUCUUUUACACCUACUAAGGAGGGAACUUCCAAAAAUCCCAUCAAUGGGAGCUCUACUUCAACCCAAUCAGACAGCAGUGAGUCUGAGUCUAAUUCAAAUUCCCGAUUGUCCUCUCAGAGGAAUUUCUCGAAUCAUCGUUCUUUCAUCUCUAAAGCCAUUCAUCCUUUGUCAUUUCCAGACCUAACAACUUCUAGGGAUGCCUAUGAUCCUGCAGUUCCAGAUUAUUCAAGGUUUGAUACUUCUAAUCCACUCAGAGACAGCCAGAGCUCGAGUAAUUCCAGCAGUAGUCAGGAUUCGGCAGAUAUUACCGAGUCAUUUGAUUUAGAAACACAUUCUCAUCCACAUACUCAUCCAGAUGGAUUUAGAUGUGGCUUGUGUGAAAGAUUUUUGUCACAGAGAUCACCUUGGAGUUCACGCCGUAUUGUGAGAAGUAAAGACCUGCCGGCAGCUGGGGUUCUUUCUUGUUGUCAUGUUUUUCAUGCUGAAUGUUUGGAUCAGACAACUCCAAAGACGAGGAAAAUUGAUCCACCUUGUCCUGUUUGUGUCAAAUUAGAGGAGCAAUAUUCCCUAGAUCAACGGGGGGUUUUAAGAUUGAGAAAUAGUUUUCCCAAGUUUAAAUCAGACAAUUGUGUUGAAGGAGCUCCGCAUGCACCGCCACACAAUGCUAUGUUCCUACUUAAUCGAAAUCGCAUCAGAAAAAACCUUUCUUUGAGGGGUAAUUUAAGCAAGGGAUUUCCAGGCAAGGUGAAGAAUACCACGACAUAUUCUUCGCAGCUGUUUGUCGGAAGCUCAGCUGAUCAAGAUGUUGGUAUUUACUCAAAGGCAAAAGCCGGCCCAAGCAUAGAAAGUUGACAAGUACACUAAUGUCUGGAAUGUUGUAACUUAUGGAUGGACACUCUUCACUUGAAGUUCAGAAGCUGACUAUCCCACGGUAAUUGAGCAAAAAUUUACGACAUUAAUUCCUAACCAAGUUAUGGUUUUGUAUAUCGAUUUGUUUGUGUAUGGAAGUCACACUUGUAACUUAAUCUUUUUUUUUUCUUGAGUUUUCUUUUUUAAACGGCAUUUUAUUCUUGAGUUUUUAUUUUUUUUUUACAUUUUCUUAUUGAGUUUAACCAUACUUUUAUUUAAUGACCGAUAAAACAGGCACAUAGCAGAGUUUAACUA